AUUAUCUUAUUUUUUUCAAAAUUUCACCAAAAAAACCAUCAAAAUGCAAAGCCCAUUCAAUACCUCCUCCCUCCACUCUCCAGGACUCGACAAUCGUUUUUCCUCUUAAAAAAACAAAAAAGAAAAGGAAAAUUAAAACCCUAAUUUCGAAAUCGACAUUCAUUGAAGAAGACUCAACGGUUCAAGUGAAUCAACCUUGUGCUUCUUCAUUUUGGAACCAUUUCCAGCUUUCAUCAUUUUCGUUAUUCAAAUACGUUGAUGUUUAACUUAUUCGCAAACCCUAAUUUACGCGAAUCCGAUAGCGCAAAUAUUCAAUAGCACAACAAUUUCGGUUUCAACAAGAGUUUUUUCUGAUGUCGGACAGUUCGAGACCUGGUUUUACGGUUACUCUUGGUCGUAGUGGUCGGGUGGUGAAGAGGGCAGGUGGAUUAUCAGAUGAGGGUUUCCGAAAUGAUGGUCCAAGGCCAGGAAGCAAACGUUCCGUCAGAGAUAGAUUGGGUGGUUAUUUUGAUGAUAGAAAUCAUCCGAACAACAAGCGGCAACGUGGGGAGGGUUUUGGCACAAGUAGCGUAAAUGAUAUGCAUCUUCAUAAAGGUGAUCUUCGUUUUAAAUUGAUGCAAAAAAGCACGUCUCAGAAACCUCAGAAUAGUGUGUCACAUGGAAACCUUGAUCUCCGUGAUAAACUGUUGAGUAGGAACUCUAUGACUUCUGUAAACAUCAAAGCAGUGCGUUCUCCUGAAUCUACUCUAACUACACGGCAUUCUUUGGUCCCAUCUAGAGAUGCUGGGAUAGUAAGGCAACCUUUACUUGAAUCGAGAAAUAUCAGUAUAUUAGGGAGAUAUCCUUCCUCAAGAAACCCAAGUGACUUGUCUGUGAUGGAGCCUACUCGACCUUGUUCUUCGUGGACUUUGGAUAAUUUGAGACGAAGAUCUCCGGAAAGGCUUUAUCGCUCUUCUGCACCUCGGGGAAUCUCUCCUGAAAGAAGUAGGGAAGAUUUGCAGAGAAGGUCAAUCAGGGUGUAUGACGAUGGCAGGCCAGCUUCAUGCAUUAGAAGUAGUCCAACAAGACCUGUCAUUUCGUCACCCUUUCUCACUAAAUCUUCUCUACCUUCUGGUCCUGUGAAGUCUGCUGUACCGCUUUCUCCACAUUAUCCACAAGCAAGUGGACUUGUUCGUAAGAUCCCAUCUAUGAGUGAUGAACAUCUCUCAGUGGAAAGUUGGUUGCGGUCUCUGGGGCUGGAAAAAUAUAUCAUCACUUUCAAGGCUGAGGAGAUAGACAUGAAUUCAUUGAAGCAAUUAGGUGACAGUGACCUGAAAGAGUUGGGCAUACCUAUGACUGUCGGAUUCAAAAUGGCGUUAGGACUACAGGAUUAAGGGGAAUAGGGACUGGGAAGGAGAAGAAGGAGAAGGAGAAUCCCUUAAAAUAAACUAGCAUUCCACUCUCUUUUCAUUAUAUGCUUAUCUCUUACAACAGAUGCAUUUGCUAUGGUUGGGCUUCCUUGGUAAAUGAUCAAUGCGACUAUUCUCUUUCAGGGUCCUAGAAAGAAGAUGAUCCAAUCGCUAUUGCCCCGUCCUAGACGACUUCCAUGAGCACGCACAUUUGAUGGCUAAGGUUCAAUAAAGAUGGUACCAGAUCUGUUUUUGGAAUGUAUUCAACUGUUCAUCAAGUUUAUUCACAGUGGAUACUGCUUUGUCGAUGUUUCACAUUCCGUUGGUAAGAAGAGGCUCUUAUAUUGUUGUCAAAAACAUUCAUGUUUGUGAAAUCGAGUAAGUUGAUGUAUUUAUGGUUGUUAAAAUGUUUUGGCAUGAAUUUGCAAUUGAGCUUAGAAAAGCAAAGGAUUCUUUUUCUCAGCUCUAAACUUAGUCACAAGAAUGUGAAUUUUUCAAUCUGCAUUUUGAUUAUGUGAAUGUUCGCUAAGUAAAUGAACAUGUAUGUGAAUGCUAUCCAUGUUCCUGGUAAUUGCUAUGUAUUUACACUCUCGUGUGUUUACGAUUUACUGAGACUGCUAAGCUAUUCUUACCU